CGUGCAUGGCUAGUAUCAUAUUUUGUUGCAGCUGUUAUAAAAAUGCAAGACUUGGCCCUGGCAUUACAUUGCUUACCAGUAAUGGCCCGCUGAGCUAACUGUAGGUGGCCGUAAUGUGUGGAAAGUUACCAUGCCUUCACUGCAAUAUUCCCUGAAGAUCCAUGCUCAUUUCUCUGAGGCUCUCACAGGGGUAUCGAAAUCUGGGGUUUGCAUACAAUCUUACUAAAUACCCCCCCGUUCUGCCGUCCCAUCCUUUCAAUAAUCCUGCUCUGCAAAUCCCUGAAUUGUCCUCUACGUCCUGAUCAUGACCUCAAAGAAGAAAGGUACCGCGCGCCGGACGGGGCCUUUUCUAUUUUCCUCACGCACGAGGACUACCAAGGACGUGCCUCCGAUCAUGAAACUGCUCAGCGAACUUGGAUUUGGCGAUUCUGCAGACAAGGCGCUACUCAAUGAGUUCAACACUGCUCGUAAAUUUCACAUGAACCGCUUCAUAGAAGAAAAGAUAAUCGACGACAAAGAUAUGUUGGAGUGGUCCUCCGAGCCAUGCAAGCAAAAGAUUCGCAGGAUGGUCAAGGACUUCCUUGUCAGACAGAACCAUGGCCCUCGUUUCUGGCCCGAUGAGCCUUCUGCUGCAAACACCAAGAAGUACCGUUAUUCACAGGAUUCCCAACAGUCGGUCUAAGCUCCUUUUAUUCUUUCUGACGCGUCUCGGAUGAGUGACUGACAGUGGGUUUGUACCUAUUCUGUAUAGGAUCAUCAAAACAUUGAUGAUGCUGUUUUUUCGACAGCUAUACAACAGAAGAUCACACGAUAUAAAGGUUCGCAAAGAAAAGAGGCGUACCAAUCUCUUCGAGCGAGGGGAUGCGCCUGACGAGCCUAUUGCCCUUGAUCUAUCCAGCGAUGAGUCUGAUUACGAAUACCAAGUAUUUGAUACCCCAGCAUCACCGAUAUCUGGUGAAUCUAGCCUCAAGAGAGAGCCUUCUGAUUCUCCAGAGUUACCUUCACUUGAGGAGAUUAGACAUACAGUACAGAGUCAGACUAUGCCCUCAGAUACUGUCACGCCGCUACCGAGUGUGGUUCAGGAUGAGCAUGUGAACCCUGAGCCAGCUCAGGAAUCUAGCCAACCUUCAACAACAAGCCCUGUGCUGCCAACCAAAAGGCCUCUAUCACAAUCCGAGGCGUCACCGUUGCGCACAAAAAGCCCGCGUCUCAGCGGUUUCCGUGGACCCACAGCCGAUCCGUUCUCUCGAGAUGCUAAUGUUCGGCUUGAAUCAGUCGCCCGAGCAGUUUCUCCCAGACAAGACCUUCGGAGGUCAAGUCGAAAAUCUGUUCCUGUGCCUGUUGCUUCCAUGGGUGAAGGGUCAGGAACGAAUGACACCCAGGAGCUAUCACCAGAGGCAGAGAGGAAUACCACGGAUGAGAUCGUCUGUGGGUUCAAAACUGCGAUACGAGUAGUUCCGCCCAUUGGAGAGGAUAGCAGUACUCAUAUUCCUGGAAAUGUAACAGAAAGAGCAGCUACAGACCAGCCUGUAAAGCUUGGAUCUACUCCACUCUCUCAGAAGGAUACUACUGCCACGUCUGGGCGAGACAUUGAAGAGCUCAGCAGUAUCUCCUAUGACACAGCUGCGGCCAGGCGCUUACUGAGCUCCCAUCUCCGCGGGCACAAUACAGAUACUCCUACCCCUCUUCAAUUCUCUUUUUCCUUUCACGAUGGUAGUCACGGCGACCCGUUCAACAUUUCAGCAGUCGAAUUCUUCACAAUGACCCUCAAACAGUUUAUGGACGUUCUACCCAUGAACGAUAAGGAAAUGAUAACAGGGCUAUGCAUACGCCAAUACGGGCCCAAGUUCUGUCUCCGGCAAGUGUAUCUGUACAACGAGGAUGUUUUUGGGAACAUUCGUCAGCAGUUUCUCCGUUGUAUUGAGAGCGACACACGGGAUGUGAAAAACCACGGAAAGAGGCUGGACUACGAGAUUAGUAUUGAGCCACUUAGGGAGUGAUAUGAGAAAUCUUUCCCGUAAGAGAUGGAUCGAUGAAUGAAGGGAACAGAUUUACAAGUCACAAAUCUCCGGCGUCGACUUCGAAACUCAUCAAUGACGACACGAGUCCAUGAGAUAUUAGCGACAUGCUCCAUGACGCCGCUGACGCCGCGCUGAAGAUACAAGAGCUUGAAACGUUGGAAAUGUGGAACAACAGACGAGGUGUGGUGAUGCUCUCGGCUACCAGAGAGCUGGAGAUGAUGAGUCGGUCAUCAUGGCGUCUUGGGGGGAAUUCGAGUUCGUUCUUGGGAUUCCGUCAUCCGCGGUACGGCCUGGAUAAGAUCAUGAUACAGUCCUCUUGGGCCGGUCAAGAUGCGAUUGGAUCCUACGGUGAUGUGAUCUACCAGCUGGGAAUUUCGACCGAAGCCACUAUAGCUGUCCACAGCAAAUGUUCCACCAGAAUAGAUGUGCUUCAGCACAUUCACCGUCAGCAAGAGCACGGGAAUUAUGGCAUUCGGUGCUGGAACAGCCAUAGGCCUCAACACAGCCAUGAGUUCAAAUAAUAUUACUGUUACUAUGCUAGAGAAUUGAUAUAUCGAUAUAAUCAUUUCUGCCGUG